CCCGCACCCCUCCACCCACAGGAGGCGGAGGCGCGUGCGCAAUCCAGGAAGAUGUCGUUCCCUCAGCUAGCGAAGAGCGGAGGGGUAGGGGGCUGCAGCAAAGGGAAGAAAUGUCGAGGAUCGAACCCAGGGCCUUGCAUACAAUAGGGAAAUAACUACAAGUCUAACUGUCACUUUGGGAGAUUUCUUCUCCCUCCUUGAACCUCUGUGAUGCGGUUGCCAAGCAACAGCUCCUUUGAUGUGCUAACAUUCUACUGGCAGGACUGCUACUUACAGUGGACAAUUCAGGUGCCUUUUGGGAUUGACCUUGGAUUUGGAAUUUUCUCUUGUUCUUUAUGUGCAAUAGGUUCAUUGGGCAGCUUCUUCUGAGGUCUAACUAAGCCCUGAGGAUCUGAAGUAGAACCUUCUAGAAGACAUUGCUUUUGAUGCCCAACAGACCUCAGCAUCUCUUCUUGAGUACUCUAUGGAAACUUCCCUGGGAAGCAUCUGGGGUCACCGUUAGCAGAUCCGAUUCAUGCUGCUUGUAUCUCCAGCAUGUCAAGCCCUCUCCGAUCUCUAAACCACUCACAUCCAGGAAGGCUUCCUACUAGGCCCCAUGAGGCUAAGUCACCACAAGUCAGGCAGCUAUCAGCCUGGAAAAACCAUCCAGUGGCUUGUUUUGAUCUACCUCCUGAGGUGAUUUCUACCAGGAACCCAGUUACAUGCAACAAAAGGGCAGCUGACCCAGUCCAUCCUGACUUUGCUGGUUUGUUGGUGAAAAACAAGAAUCUUUUAGCUGAGCUAAGAAAUCUUCAAAGCAAACUUCUCAUAAAGGAAAGUAUGUUGCAAGAGAUGAAGAGUGAGUUAGAAAGUUAUAAAGAAAAUAACACCCAACAGUCAUUCCAGAUAAUGUCCCUGAGAGAUGAUAUCCAGGACCUACAGGAACUCAUUGCUUCUCUAACCAGAAUUAAGUCUUUGAAAAACACCAACAUUGAAAGUCUUGAAAGAGGCAACUGGGAACUAACUGAACGAGUUACAGCACUAGAAAACCUUCUAAAAGUACAUCUGGUUGAAAGAGAAAAAGCAGAGCGAAAAGCUGAUCUUUUGGAGAAAAUGUUGUCAGGCACUAGCAGAUUCCCUUCUUAUAUGACUAUGAAAGGACAAGAAAAUUUAUUGGAUGUUUUCCCAGUGAAGGACAAGACAGAAGCUUUCAUGGCCAACAACUUUGAGAGAGACAUUUUUCAUACUGAAGAACCAAAUCACAAGCAGAAAAUUUGGGAUGGAUGUCAACAAGAUUUGAUACAAAAGGAUAAACAAGCACCAGAGUUAGACAGACAGCCAUAUUCAUGCGGAUGGGAAACUGAAACCGAACAAUCUCAAUAUCAGAAUUUCCUCAGUCAAUUGUCUACUCUUGUGAGUGAUAGCAUUGUUCCCAUACCAGCCACAGAGGAAGCUGUGACAGAAAGGAUACUGGAAAUCAGUGAAAAUGAACUCUCUUGGAAAUCUAGAACAGAAGGCCUACAGCAGGAAAUUCAGAUGCUCACUAAGCAAUUGGAACAGCUGCAUCAGAUUUACGAAGAAACUGCUCAAGAAUCACCUCAGGGUGGAGAAAAUUAUAGGGAACAAAAAAAACCCUUGAAACGUCUAGAUGGAAACAUUGGUAUCAAUGACUUUUUUCAAAGGAAAUCAGACUUGGACAGGAAUAAAGAAAACUUCAGAACUCCGAAUUCUCAAGUAGAUAAGCAUAACAAGAAGUUCAAACAAUUAGAAAUGUUGUUGAAUAUUCAGCAAAAUUUACAGAUUAUUACAACGCCAAUAUUGGAGGAGAAAAUUCAGAAACUUCAGAAACAGCUCAGUGAUUUGAAAUUAUCAAAUAAAAAUAUGAAAACUCAACUGACAAAAAUAAAUGUCCUUAAAGACAAAACAAUUAUGAAGCUCAGGCAAUCUUUAACAAAAGUUGAAACAAUGAAGGAGAAGGUAGUUAUGAAUAUAGAUGAUUUGAAAACUACAUCCGACUCUGCAGAGCAAGAGGCAAGAUCAGACAAAGAGAAGGCCCGUCAGAUGUUAGACACUGUCACUCCUGAGCUCUCCAUAGCCAAGAACACGCUUGAAGUGUCAGGACAAGAACAAGAGCUUGGUGACUUUCGAGAAACUAUUUUGAAGAUGUUGGGAUUUGACAUGAAAACAGCAGACAAAGAAAUCAUCAAUCAGUUAAAGCUUAUUAUACAAGUUUAUGAAAUAUCUAACAAAUCAAAGAUUGCUUCUGAUUGUGAGACUGGACAAGAUAAUGAAUAAACAAGUUCUGCCUUUUAAUUGCUGCCAAGAACUGAGCAGAUAUAGCUGUUUCCUACGGCAUCUUGAAUAUGCUGUAUCAUGAAUAAAAUG